AUGGACUCAGCAUCCCAGGGCGACAAGGCCCUCUCCAGCUCCGAUUACCCCAGUGCAAUCAAAUAUUUUACCCAGGCUCUCGUCGAACACCCCCGCGCCCCGUCCUACUACAUCAAGCGAUCGACCGCAUACUCGCGCCUCAAGCCCGCCGACGGCGGCCCGAACCCCACCGCUGCCCUCCGCGAUGCUGAAAUCGCCCUGACCCUUGCGCGCGAACGCGGCAAGCGCGAACUCAUCCUCUCGGCCCAGCUCCGGCGCGGCGUUGCGCUCUACCAGCUCCAGCAGUACGGCGAUGCGGCCUUUGUGUUCGCGACGAUCCAAGAGAAGGUCGCAAAGGAAGCAGGUGCGGCGCCGGAAGAUAAAUCGGAGAAGGUGAAGGAUGCUAUGUCGGCUUCGCGCACGUCCAAGAAUGGGUUCCAGCAGGAGCUGCCGAUUUGGGAGCUCAAGGUCAAGAGCAUGUUGAAGAAGCUGCCGGAGGGGGAUGAGAAGGCGGCUGUCACGGUUGCGGAGUACCCGACUGGUGUCCGUGUGCCGACUGAGGCGGAGAUCAAGAAGCAGCUGGAGGGGCUGAAGUCGGGAAAGAUUGCGGAUGCGGAGAGCUCGGCGGAGGAGAAGCUGAAGGGUUCGUCUGCAGGUCAGAAUGGGAAGACCGAGUCUGCGCCCGUGGCUUCGGCGGCGACUCCUGCUUCUGCUCCGGCGGUAGAGAAGGUCCGGCAUGAGUGGUACCAGUCUAAUGACUCUGUUGUUGUGACGCUGUACGUCAAGGGGGUUGCUAAGGAUAAGGUGGACGUGGAUCUCAAGAGUGACUCGGUGUCCCUUCAGUUUCCUCUGCCUUCCGGAGCUGACUAUGACUUUACUCUGGACCCUCUCUUUGCAUCAAUCGACACAUCCUCGUCAAAGGUGUCGGUCAUGUCCACGAAGAUCGAGAUUGUCCUCCGCAAACAGACCGCGGGACAGAAAUGGAGCUCGUUGGAAAGUACGUCUUCGGACGUCAAACUAGCGGACAGAUCGGCUGCCGUUGCCUCGGCCCCUUCGACCGGAACAGCACCUGCGUAUCCGUCGUCAUCUCGGACCGGAGCCAAGGACUGGGACAAGGUUGCGUCGACGCUUACAAAGAAGAAGUCCAAAGACAAGAAGCCCAAGGAGAAGGACCAGGCCAAAGCAGAUGGCUCCGGAGAGGAGUCGGAUGGAGCGGACUCGGUCGAUUCUGACUACGGCGGCGGUGACCCGGUCGAUGCCUUCUUCAAGAAGCUCUACGCCAAUGCUGACCCUGAUACCCGUCGCGCAAUGGUCAAGAGCUACGUUGAGAGCCAGGGCACUUCUUUGAGCACUAACUGGAAUGAGGUCAGCCAGGGAAAGGUGGAGGCUCGACCCCCCAGCAGCGAUUGA